AUGAACACUAGCAAGGGAGCCAGUGACGUUUUGAAGCGUACGUCGGACUUUUUACGUAGUGGCCUUGUGAAAGAGCAACCUGCGUGGUACAAGCCGGUUGCGUACCACCCUCCUAAACAGGCUCAACACAAGAUUAUCAGACCUGAAAAAUUCUCCAAACUGAGGAAACUUUCGGUACCAUCCAAAAGCGGAGACUUGUACAAGACCAGAUUGACACCCGAUGAUUUGAAAUUGGACAUUUUGAAACCCCAGAAUUUGAGAUUCCUGGAAGACAAAAUAAGAAACGUAUUUUACCAGCAACACCCUUGGGAACUCGCAGAUCCGAAGUCUUUAAUCGAAAACGAGCACAUCAUCGAUAACAAGAAUCAAAAUUGGUCUCAUAUGAGACAACUCACUAAGAAGCUGGAUGGAGAGAGUGUUGUUCAACGGACGCUGUAUCUCGUGCAGAACGAAAAGCUCAACUUAAUGCAGGCUUACGAAAAAGCCAAGUACGAAUACUACAGGCUCAAAAUCGAGGAGGAGACAGACAUGAACGUUACACGAGAAGAGCAUGAGAUGUUCGGUGCUGUAUAUGACAAGACUGUUGUUGAGCAAGGCUUCGAUAAGGAAACCGAAGUGAUUAAGAAAUGGAAAGUUCGUGCACUCGAGGAGACGCAAGUUUUGGAAGCCAGGUUGAGCAAUAUGUCAUCCGAUCUUGGUGGAGAAAAAGACACCCAAGCUCCUGACGAGGACACUUUAUUCAAUGAUUUGGAGGAUGCUGAAAGUGGAGAGCCUACCCAAUAACUACCUGUUUAUAGCGCAACAAAACCUGAAGUAUGAUAUAAACACGCUUACAACUAUGUACAUUAAAACCACGUUUUCUUCUGCGAUAAUUUUCUUUCCACGCGCUUCUUGUAUUUUGAUCCCUUGGCCUCCACAAUAACUUCAUCUGCCUUUGCCACUGCAUCUGCGAUCCUCUGUUUUCUCUCGUCGUAGGUUCUUUCCCAUUUAUGGCCCUUUGGACUCAGCACACCCUUCAAUAGCGGUUUAGUCUCAAACUUCUCUGCAUAAAACUUCUUGUUAUUGCGCAGUGUUGGCAUCAGGUCUGCUAUUCCAAACUUGUACGCUAGCUUGUAUAAAUCAGAUUGCCGUCUUAAAGAAUAAACAGGUUCUUGAACCUUACCGGUGACUGGAUGUCUAUUUGGAAUGAAUGGAUUGGCAUCAGGGGCAUUUGUAAGUGUUGGCUCGGACGCAUACUGUCUAAACGGGGCUGGAGGAUAGCGAGUGAAGAAGUUGCGAAGCUUCAAUGGUAACUUCUCAAAUGCCUCCACAGCAGAGAGAUUGAACAACUUCGACAUGUUCG